AUGGAUGUAAGCGAGGUCGAGGAGAAUUUGUUUGCUGCUAGUGAUGCCAAGUUACAUAGAGAUAUGUGCAAGGAACUAUCUGCAAUUUAUUGCAAAGUACUGUCCAUCUUCCCUUCCUUGGAAGAGGCAAGACCUCGGAGUAAAUCAGGGAUUCAAGCCUGGUGCUGCUUACAUAUUGCACUCGAGAAGGCAAAGAACAUUCUUCAACACUGUUCCGAGUCUAGCAAACUUUACUUGGCUAUUACUGGGGAUGCUGUAUUGUCAAAAUUUUAGAAAGCAAAAUUUGUGCUUAUUGACAGUCUUAGACGUGUAGAAGAUAUUGUUUCUAUCUCAAUUGGGUCUCAUAUUUUGGAGAUUGUUGGUGAACUAGAGCACACCAAGUUCUUGCUGGAUCCAUCAGAGAAGGAAGUUGGUGAUAGAAUCAUUGCUUUCUUGCAACAAGGCAAGAAAUUUGACAACGGCACUAACAACUCCGAGCUUGAAAUUUUCCACCAAGCAGCUACUAGACUCAGUAUAAUUUCUUCUAGAUCAGCUCUGGCUGAGCGGCGAGCUUUAAAGAAACUCAUUGACAGGACACGUGCGGAAGAAGACAAGCGGAAAGAGUCGAUUAUAGCUUACCUCUUGCAUCUCAUGAGAAAAUACUCCAAGCUCUUCAGAAAUGAGAUUACAGAUGAGAAUGACUCUCAGGGUUCGCCACCAUCUUCUCCCACUUGUAAUGAAGACCCUGUACAUCAUGCGUUUGGGUGUCAACUAUCUAAGUUCGGUUCUAUUAAUAUUCAGAAGUCAGGACAGGCUCCCACUACACCAGAAGAACUGAGGUGUCCCAUAUCUUUGCAGCUUAUGUGUGAUCAUGUCAUUAUUGCUUCAGGACAGACUUAUGAACGGGUCUGCAUCGAGAGAUGGUUCAAUGAUGGACAUAACUCUUUUCCGAAGACUCAACAGCAGCUCCCACAUCUUUCCCUGACUCUCAAUUACUGUGCUAAAGGUCUGAUUGCGAGCUGGUGUGAACAGAAUGGGAUCUCAGUCCCUACUGGACCACCAGACUCUUUACCACCUCAAUACUAGAGACUGGCCCUGUCUGUCAUUGAAUCCGCCAAUUCAAAGUCAGUUGAUCGUUUAGGAUCAUGCAUACCGAAGGCUGUUAAAACUGUUCUGUUGGAGGAGAGUGGUACUAUUGUUUCCGAACAACAACAAGACAAAGAAGAGGUCCAUGUGGCUGAUGAGGAGGCUUCUGAUAUCAAUGUUCUAGAAAAGUAUCAGGAUAUAUUGGCUAUCUUGGACAAGGAAGAAAACUUAGUUAAAAAGUGCAAAGUAGUAGAAAAUGUCACGCUGUUGCUGAAGGAUGAUGAAGAGGCCAGGAUCCUCAUGGGAGCCAAUGUUGUUGAAGCGUUUUCACGGUUUCUAGAAUCAGCUGUUCAUGAAAACAAUGCAGCCGCACAAGAAACUGGAGCUAUGGCUCUGUUUAACUUAGCAGUCAACAAUAACAGAAACAAAGAGUUGAUGCUAACUUCAAGAGUCAUCCCCCUGCUGGAGAGAAUGAUCUCUUGUUCCCACUCCCAAGGGCCAGCAACUGCGUUGUAUCUAAACCUCUCCUACCUGGAGAAAGCCAAGCCAGUGAUUGGUUCAAGUCAAGCAGUUCCCUUCUCCAUGAAACUACUUGUUCAGGGAGAAAACACUGAGCCACAACGCAAGCUAGACGCCCUUCACGUCCUCUACAACCUUUCAACCUACUCUUCCAAUAUCUCCACUCUCCUCUCAUCUAACAUAAUCAAAAGCCUCCAAUUCCUUGCGUCAACAGGUGACCACUUGUGGGUAGAGAAGUCACUAGCCGUGUUACUAAACCUAGCCUCUAGCCAGGAAGGGAAUGAAGAGAUGAUAUCAUCACAAGGCAUGAUCAACACUCUUGCAACGGUGCUAGACAUUGGGGACACGAUUGAAUAAGAGCAAGCCGUUUCUUGCCUUGUGAACCUAUGCACAUGAAGCGAGCGGUGUAUCCAGAUGGUUCUACAAGAAGGAGUGAUUCCGUCUCUGGUUUCAAUCUCGGUGAACGGAAGUCCCCGAGGAGGAGACAAAUCUCAGAAGCUUCUGAUGAUGUUCAGGGAACAGAGGCAACGAGAACAGCCAUCUCUAAACAAAUAUGAAACUCCCAGGAACAUCGUAUCUGCACCGUUACCAAUGUCUGUACCUGCUCAAGGUUCAGUUCAAGAGUCUGACUUAAAACCUUUCUUCAAAUCAAUCUCAAGAACGAAAACAUUUACAAGACCAUUCAGCUUUCUCUGGAAGAAAAGAUACUCGCUCCACCAUUAA